CCAUUUUACACACACAAGUUUGACUGACAAAAAAAAUAUAUAAAUCGGAUUGGCCUAUCGGCAACCUCAACACAGAAAUACACCCUUUUGUAAGAAGAUUUAAAAAAAAAAAAAAAAUCUAAGCGGCUAAGGUUAGAUGCAGCCAGCGCGGGGUGCUGUGUGGAUCAGAGAGGUGUUUGCGGUCGGAGCUCUGCGCACAUUCAGAGAAGAAACCGGGCGAAGAAGAGGAAAAAGGGGAAAGGACAAUGCUGGUUUAUAUCGUCUUUGAAAAAUGAGUCUUUAGUCGUAGGGGAUGCCGCAUAGAUCUGAUAAUUAUCACCGGUAGUCUUUCGAUUAUUGCCAUCGUUAUUUCGGAUUCAGCCGGCAUCUCACCCUUGGCAGCGGCUAUUUCAGGGAUACAUUAUAGCUCACUGUACAUUGUCUUAUAUUAGCCUAUUAUACUAAGCUGCUUUUGAUGCUCUGAUUAAACAUUGAUUUUCAGCUCUUUAUAUAGGCUAAUAUCUUAUUUCUGCAGCUGGCUCAUCCUGAUGCCAUCGACUGAAAGCUUCCCUGGAUGUGACCGUUUUAUGUUUUAUUUGGCCGCCGCAUGAAUUCUCCCACCGGAUCCUCGCCGGUGUACGCUGCUGUCCUCCUCCUCUUCCUCCUCUUCCUCCUCCACUUGCUCAGACGGCCGAUUCUCGCAGAGGGCACUACCCUCCUCCCUGCCGCUAAAGACAUUUUGAUCGUCCUCCCCGCAUCCCCCCACCCGGACUCGACCAUCACUCCGCCUGCCUCCUCGUUCACCUCCACCUCCACCACCACCACCUCCUCCUCCUCCUCCUCCUCCUCAGUAACAUGUCGGGACAGUCUUUGACGGACCGGAUCGCCGCCGCGCAGCACAGCAUGACCGGGUCUGCCAUCAGCAAAGCCGUCUGCAAGGCCACGACGCAUGAAGUCAGCGGACCCAAGAAGAAACACCUUGACUACCUGAUCCACUGCACCAAUGAGCUGAACGUCAGCAUCCCCCACCUGGCAGACACACUGCUGGAGCGCACAGCCAGCAACAGCUGGAUAGUGGUUUUCAAAGCGCUCAUCACCACACACCACCUCAUGAUGUAUGGCAACGAGAGAUUGAUGCAGUACCUUGCCUCCAGAAACACGCUCUUCAACCUCAACAACUUUCUAGAUAAGGCCGCACUACAAGGUUAUAACAUGUCAACUUUCAUCAGACGCUACAGCCGCUACCUGAAUGAAAAAGCCAUGUCUUACAGACUAGCAGCAGUGGACUUCACCAAGAUGAAGAGAGGGGCUGAUGGUGUGAUGCGCACCAUGAACACAGAGAAGCUGAUUAAGACUCUUCCCACCAUUCAGAACCAGCUGGAUGCACUGCUGGAUUUCCAGCCUAACUCCAACGAGCUGACCAAUGGCGUGAUCAACACAGCUUUCAUGUUGUUGUUUAAAGACUCCAUACGGCUGUUUGCUGCUUACAACGAAGGGGUCAUCAACAUGCUGGAGAAAUACUUUGACAUGAAGAAGAACCAGUGCAAAGAAGCUCUGGAGAUCUACAAGACUUUCCUCAACAGGAUGACCAAACUGUCUGAGUUUCUCAAAGUGGCAGAGCGAGUUGGGAUAGAUCAGGGCGACAGCCCCGAUCUCACACAGGCUCCCAGCUCUCUCCUGGAGGCUCUGGAGCAGCAUCUAGCCUCUCUGGAGGGCAGGAAGCUCAAGGACCUCUCCACUGCCAGCAGAUCCAGCACCUUGUCCAGUGCAGUGUCCUCUCUCUCCAGCACUGGGAUCUCUCUCAGCCGUAUGGAUGACAAGACAGAAGACAACAGACUGCAGCAACACAAGGAGGACGGUCAUAAGGUGAUUGACAUUCAGACACCCAAUGUGUCACCCAGCACCCAGUCCGUAGGCAGUGCCAACAGCAGCGGAGGGGCCACAGAUCUCUACUCCAACUCACCCAUCGUACCCAUCAACAACCAUGUGCCAAACCUGACCAGUGAACUGUUCACCCUGCAGCCUAACUUCACCCCCAUCCAGACCACACACACUGUGCCCAACAAUAACAAUGCCUGGGGAGGUGACCUGCUAAAGCCAGCCCCACCCACUCACAUUCACAGCCCUGGAGCCCCAUUGCACUCUGGGAAAAUGCUGCCCAAUGAUUUGGACUCUUCAUUAGCCAACCUCGUUGGUAACCUGCAGUUUGGGGGGAACCCGGCUAAAAAGCCGGAGCUGCAGUGGAGUCAGCUGGUAGAGAAGAAGCCAACAGGAGGAAGUGGCUGGCAGUCGAAGACCAUGUGCACCAGCACCAACUGGACUCACACCACCCAUCCCAUGGCACCUGCCCCCAUGCCCGUCCCUCAGAUGAAUGGGAUGAUCUAUACUGGCUAUGCUCCAGCACCAGUGGCUUUUCCUAUGACGACACCCCAAGUGCCUGUGUAUGGAAUGCUCCCUCCUCAGAUGAGUCAUCAGAUGGGGGGCGUUCCCAUGAUGCCCCCACAGCCUGUCAUGUACAACCAGCCUGUCCUGAGACCCACCAAUCCCUUUGGGCCCAUCCCAGGGACACAGAUGCACUUCAUGUAGGGAUGAUGAUGUAACCAUGGCAGCAAAGCCGAGAAAGAGAAGGCGAGAGGAAAGAGAGAAAACAAAUCCAGAACCAAAUCCCGUGCCGGAGGAAGAAAGAAGAGGACAGAGAGGAAGAGGGAGGGGAGAGGAAGACGGAGAGAGGACCAGAGGACGGAUAAAAGAAGAAAUGCUGAUGUCUGUUUCCAUGUCACCUGACCUUCUAAUCUCCUCUCCUCUCUCCACGUGGCUACUGGUCUCUCUGUCUUUGAAUCUAUUAUGCUGGGGCACCAGAGGCUCCGCAUCAAUCCCACUCAUCCUCUGUUUGAUUUGCCAAUUCAAGCAGCGAUUAUGACCUGUGAUGACUGACAGCUCUAUGGAAGUGCAACUCUAUUGCCACUUCCUGACCUCCUCAUCCUGAUAAUUUCCUGUAUAAAACCUUACUCACUUCCCUCUCCAUCCCACAACUAAAUCAAACUCGGAGGACACACGUCUCUUUCUCUGAUUGGAUUGUUUGCUGGCACUUUACUCAAUGUGAACUUUGCCAAGGGUGUAUGUCUGUGUAGGAGAUUUUAGCGUCUUGUUCAGAUUGGUUCCGGGUUGCGUGUCAUCCAUCACCUGAUGUCAGAUGUAACUGAUUUGAAUGAGUGUGUGCGUGUCCCUUUUUCUACAUUUCAAUGUGCUGCAUCAACAUUACCGUUUGAGUCUUUUUAUGAGCUCCAUUUGUUCUUAAUUGCCAACUUCACAUCAAGAAUCCGGUGUGGAACGAUAAUUUUUGUGAGCGCGUUUGUGUGUGUGUGGAUGGACGUGGCUGUGUAGGGUAUGUACUGUAUGCGUUUCUCUUUUGGUACCUGAUGUCAUUACUGUGUUGCCAGGCACCAACAUGUUACUGCACUGGAACUAACUGAUGAAAGCACUGAGCCAGACCCAGGUAUCGCAUUUGGAUGUAAACAAACCUCUUACACUAACUUUGCUACUUGGGGACAUGCUGUACACACUGUGUAUUUUCUUCUUUUUUGGCUCUUCUACAGCUGUGCAAUAUCAUGCAAUCUCGUUACUGUCUUUUCCACCAAUUUGUAGGCGUUUAGAAGCAGGUUCCUGCUGUAGUGUUGUACUUCUUGUGGGUCCACAUCAGGUUUCUGUAAAGAAUGCUGUAUUUUUUUCCUGUUUGUUUUAUAAUCUCUUCUAACUCCUGUUCUGUUAUACCCAUACUGCUCUAAAAGUAGUGAAAAAUGCACUGGGAGCCAGAUAGAGAGGUGACUGGAUAUUAGUGAGGAGGCAAUUCUCAGUCUUGCCAUUCAGAAAUGGUCUAACUCCCCAACUGUAUGAUGUCCUGAGCAUUCGUCCUGUCCAAAAUUAGUCUCCUGUGAAGUCCUUUACACUCCAGAAAAACUGGAUAAGCGUAAUUACCGCAGCAUAUGCCUCACCUUCAUUUGGAGGAAUUAAAGACAUUGCUAACGCACAGAGGGGUUUGUUAAUGUAGUGUUAAUAUUUAUGGACAGGACAGCUAAAGGUCAGUCGGGGGGAGUCAAAUAAGGACCAGACUGCCUGAAAGCAACUGAGGGUAAUGUCUGUCGAUCACGACCCUAGUAAUGCCUGCAGGAACGAAAUACAGAUCAAUUCAGACAGCCAGAGACGAGAGGCUUUAAUGAGACGUUAAAUGUUAAUGUGGCUUUUCUGGCAGAUCAAGGUCAAGUUAGACCCACAGACAGACGUGAUAUAUAUAUAUAUAUAUAUAUAUAUAUAUAUAUAUAUAUAUAUAUAUAUAUAUAUAUAUAUAUAUAUAUAUAUAUGUGUGUGUGUAUAUAGCACAAACCUUAGAAGAGGGACAACGCUCUGCUGCACAAAAACCUAAAAUCAUUGCUGGGAUGUACAGUUGAAAGGGGCAAUAAUCAAUUGGGGAUCAAAUCGUUUUCUAUUGAUUGUCUGUUCUAUGUACAUGUACUGUAUGUGUUUGUGUGCACAUGCCUUCCCAUAGAGAUAAACAGGGUCAUGUUCCUCGGUUAAAGAUGAAAGGUCUCUCGUGAGCUGGUAGCGUGUACUAACUUAGCAGUGUUAUUGUGACUGUGUCUCAGUCUGUACAACCCAACAUCAAAUUAAGGUAGCUCUAGGAUCACUCAUCUGCUGAAAAACGCAAAAAAAAAACAAAAAACAAAACAAAACCUAAGCCCCAAGUCAUCUGACCUGGAAUCUCAAAGCGAAUCUGAGGCGAACCUCUGCAGACAGCUGCACAUGUUGGUGAUUGCUAACAAAAAUUGUCAGAGAAUUGCGACUGUAUGGUGGCAUAUAUCGUCACCCUUGAACUGUAACUGCUGGCUACGCAAAAAAUCAAUCUCCCUGCAGCUACGACUCUACUACCUGCAGAGCGAGACUGCAGUGAUAGAAAUGGUCACCAAGCAUGCAGAUAUUCUCUGAGGUUUCUAAAUAAGAGGCCAGCUGACAUUUGGAUAUCUCCUUUGGAAAAUUGUCGUUUCACUCCUCCAUUACUCGUCGUUUCAGUGGUUUGUCUUUCUCCGUCAGCUGAAUGCUCUUUUCAUUGUGCACUUCACUCCCACGACGCAGCUCGAUCCAUCCUGGGCCAACCUCUGACUGUUACUGUGUCCUCUGUAUAUAGGUAAUGCCGUUCAUGUGUUUUUAGACGUGCUCUCUCUGUAAAGUGAUCGAAGCCCCAUUGGAUGACGUACUGUACGUGGGACAAUUUAUUGCUGUAUCUGUGUUUGAAUGGUUGUAUUUUGAAGGUGUCAUCAUCCAGGGAUGGGUGGGCGGGUGGGUUUGAUGUUUGUGUCCAUCUCAAGGAGGAAAGGGGUGGGGUCAAGGGUAAACUAUCACAACUGGUCUAUACCAAGAGUGUCUUCAUCGAGGAAGUGGACAGGACAGGGUCUGUCCUCUUCGAAACAGGAACAUUUUUUUGCACCAAAGUCAUCAUCAAAGCGCAGCUUCUUCUUAUUCAAGGUCACUACAGCUGGAUGAUAUCAGAACUCAAAAGGAUUUUUUGUUCUUUUAUUUUUAGAGACAAAGAAACUGUCUUUUUUUGCAUGAUUAAGUGUCGUCUUUUUAUUGGCUUGUGUGCCCGGUAAAAGCAUGACCAUUGUGUGAACUCUCACUUACCGGUGUGUUUGGAAAAUGUUAAGGAAAUUUCUCCAUGAGAUUUUUUUACUUACCUCUUGACAUGAACGUUCAUUGACAUUCAUAAAUCAACUGUUUUACAAUGUAGGGUCUGUAACUGUUUGAAGGCUGCCUCGCAUGCAGAAAUGCAAUUUGCAAGUAACCCAUCAAACUUCAAACCCAGUUACCAUAACUGCAUCUUUGUAAAACACCAUGGAUGUCAAUGCCAGUUAUCACCUAGCUAGCUAGACAUUGCAGUCUUGUAAAAUCGCUCUUUAUUAAAGCGUUGCUAUUUUCAAUACGUGUGUUUGAAUGCUCGCUCCUUUUUCAUACUAUGCCAGCAGCAUCAUGGGAGGUUGUGAUUGAAAGUCAAAGUACUGUAAUAUGUGUUUGGUCUGGUUCAUAUUGUGUGGUGUUUUUUACGUGUUUGCCGAGUCUUGUCCUGUCUGUUGUCAUCAACUGGACUUAUUCUUUCCCAGUCAUCCUCUAAAGCACAGACUGGUUUCCUGAAACCAGGCUUAGAUUCAACAGAAGCUUCAACUUUAUUUUGAGACAAUUUCGGCAAACCGGGCCAGAAAGUGUACAGACCUGGACAAGAGGUUUGAGAUCAAUGACAUGGUUUUUAACCCCACUGUUGGGUCAAAUUUGCGACAAAAUGUAGUAUCCCCAUGUCUGUCAAUCAUGUCUGUACACUUUUUUGUAGCAUAGUUUAAUUAUCAAGAAUACACCCUAUCUUAAUGUUGCUCUCCCCUGCUAUAAGGGGCACAGCAUAAAAGCUGUAAGGCAAAUUAGAAGUAUUCAAUCUGGGGUUAAAUUUCCUAAAAGCAUCCUCAGAUGAGUUUGAGAAAACCUGCUUCAACAGGUGAGUCUGUAAUUUUAGUAAUUUUUUUUCUCUUACACUGAGUUCAUCUUGCCUUUCCAUAACAAGUGUAAUAAAAAUGACUAAAAGUAUAUAUAAAUAGUCAGUGCAUACAAUAGUUCUACCUGCACUCUAACUUUACAAAAAAGGACAUGAAGGAGGUGAACUUAAGUCAAGAAGUACUUACAACAAUGGGCUGGUUGUAGUCUUCUAUUUUCCAUAAUGGAAGACUCCUAAAACCAUUAUCUACUGACUCAAUUGUCUGCAUAUAAACAGGGAUCCCUACAAAAUAGACCUUUGUAUUCAUCACUGAAGCUACUUCAUGGACUAAUCUGGCGGCUGGAAACCAGACUUACAUGUUACAAGUGCAGAAACUGCAUUUCCAUGUCAUUAUGCCGGCGAAAGGCGCAUGAUGUCUAUGCAGUUUCACACUCCACCCUUCGUCCAUUUACGUACAUAGGCCUACUCAUAUUACCUCAGUAUACCCUCAGUAUUGUGUAUACUGCUUUCACUACACUCAUUCAGUACUCUAGUGUCCAUCUGUAAACUGUUCGUUGUUGAGGGCACGAAACUCAGCAGUGUCCAUGAAAAUGUCUUGUUAGCAGGGAGUGAGGUUCCAUACCUUCUAUUUCUUCUCAUUUUCUUUUUUUGUAUAUCAAAGUGAUUGAAUUAUCAACAGGUUUGGAUUGUUAUCAAAUUAUUGGUUUUUAUUUGAAAAGCAUAGGUUGAUGUUUUUGGAAGAAAACUGAAUAAAUCGUCAUCUGAUGCUGA